AUUGUCAGAUUGGCACUUGUAUUUUGGGCUGAGGAGAAGAGGAGUGUUUUCGGGCCAAAAGGAAGGUGAAGAGGACAAUUUAAUGGUGAAAUAGUGCUGUGAACGAUCGUGGUAGUGAGUGAAAAUGUCGGUGAGAACGAAAGUACUGGGACUCAUAGACGUUCUCAUGCGAGUUCCGCCGCUGUUUGUUAUCGAUGAGAUCCUCAAGAUCCAAAUGGGGCUCUCGAGCCCAGUUGAGAGUGCAGAGAAUUACACAGUGCAGAAUGAGGACAUCCAGAAGCCGCUGGACGAGGACAUUGAGUUCUACAAAGUCAUCUCGAUCACCACAAUCAAAUUCCUCAUGUGUUUGCUGGGAUGCGUGAUGGCUGCGUGCAUCUUCAUGCUGUGGACGCGUCACUUGGUGAUUGUGUACAAAUACAUCCUGUCGGUGGGAUUGAUUUUCCUGUCCUAUUGGAGCAACGUCUCGGCUCUCAACCUCAUUCGCGAAGGUCCGAGUCUGCUUGAGGACAUUCUGUCUCUCAACGUGACGCGGCUUCUGGACCCUGGAGGCAUGGCCAUCGCCAUCCUGCCGCACUGGCUGGCGCAGUGGAUGAUGGGUGCGAUUUUCGCGUACAUUCACUCGGGACCAAGGUAUGAGCUGAUUCAGCGGGUUCUGCCCUUCAGCUUCCUCAUGCCACUUUUCCUGACGAUGCUGCCAUCAAUUCCGCCGGCGCUACUGAAACAUUCCCCAGCAUUUGCCGCAAUCCUGCCGCUCGUGCUAUCGAAGAUCGCUCUCUGGAGCUCGUCCUUCGACAUGGUGAAGACGCUCUUCAAUGGGUAUCAGCACGCGAAAAACUUCGCAGCAAGCUUCGGGCUAUCGGCGCUUGUGGAGAAUGAGUGGCAGCGCCUCAAUAUUCCGUGCGUCUUGCGGGCGUUCUGGAUGAUCAGGCUGCUGGAGGAGCUGGUGACGCUGGCGAUGACGACGGAAGCUCCGCUGGCCUUCAUGGCCACCGUGCAGAAUCUUCUCGUGAGCGGAUGCGAAACUGUGACAGCCGUCCUCGGGAUGACCAGCAUCGUCUCGCUCAUCUGUCACUACGUGGGCAAGUUGUUUCAGCUGUUUCUGCUCUCUGAGGACUACGAUGCCGACAAAUCUAUUGGCACCGUGUCUGCGAUCCUAUUCUACAUCCUCGCGCUGCAAACUGGACUCACGUCGCUGUCGCCGGACAAGAGAUUCAUCCGCUUGUGCAGGAACUUGUGCCUUCUCGUCACGGCUCUUCUCCACUUCCUCCACAAUAUUGUGGCGCCGUUGCUCAUGUCGCUGAGCGCCGCGAGGAAUCCAUCCAGGAAGAGGCACGUGAGGGCGCUGGUGGUGUGCCUGUUCCUCCUCGUGGCGCCCGUGUUUCUCCUGACCAUUCUCUGGUCGCGACACUCACCAUCCACGUGGCUCUUGGCUGUGACCGCAUUCUCAGUGGAAGUGAUUGUUAAGGUGCUCGUGAGUUUGGCGACGUACACGCUGUUCCUGCUGGACGCCAGGCGGCAGACGUUCUGGGAGAAGCUGGACGACUACGUGUACUACAUCAGGGCUUUUGGGAACUCAGUGGAAUUCUGCUUCGGCAUAUUUCUCUUCUUCAAUGGCGCUUGGAUUCUUCUCUUUGAGUCUGGUGGUGCAAUAAGAGCACUUAUGAUGUGCAUUCAUGCUUACUUCAAUAUUUGGUGUGAAGCGCGAGCGGGUUGGGCGGUAUUCAUGAAAAGACGAACAGCUGUCCACAAGAUCUCCUCUCUUCCGGAGGCCACGACUGAGCAGUUAGUCGCCUUCGAAGAUGUCUGUGCCAUUUGCUAUCAGGAGAUGACUUCGGCCAAGAUAACGCGAUGCAAGCACUACUUCCACGGCGUCUGCCUGCGGAAGUGGCUCUACGUGCAGGACAGAUGUCCGCUCUGCCAUGAGAUCAUCAUGAAUCAGGACCCGAAGGGCGAGAAGUACGCAGAGGAGCUUCCUCGCGAGGAGAUACCGGCAAUUGCUAAUGUGGUUGCGGCAGCGGCGAGUGCAACAAACAGGUUGAGUGCGACUGAUGAGGCAUCAACAAGUGAGCGUACCUCAAAUUCGUCACCCGUAGAAUAAAUAGGUAAAGCAGAGCAGUUGGGAAAAGAAGGUGAAGAAGUUAGGAGAAUAAAUUAAGUGUAAAACAAUUUACAAUCAUCAUAAGAAUUUAGUAAUAUUUAUUCACAUUCUUGAGGGUAAUAUAUAAAAGAUGUGGGGAAAAACACAGCAAAGCGACUUACUUUUACUUUAUUAUUACUUUCCUUUGUAAGGCAAACACACACACACACAAUGUUUCUUUUUCAACUCAUUUGCUCGAAAUUUGUGUCAAUGCUAAUGGAGAAGAGCGCAGUGAAUGGCGAAGGAAAAGACAGGGCGGUUUUUUUUUAAGGGGAAUAAUUUAGAUUUUCAAAAGAACGCAAACAUCGACGGGCGGACUUGGGAAGGGUGAAUGAUAAAAGGUGAUGAUUUGAUGCAAAAGAGAGUCAAUAAGAUUGCGAUAGGGCGAAUGGCUAGACAGUAACAAAGAGCGGAUAGUUUGCGG